CUCAUAAUCACUGCUUGAUAAACUCGUAACUCAGAGGCUGGUGUGCUCUUGUCUCAUCUGUUUCAACAUUAAGACUCCAGGAUUACCAUGGACGAUCCAGGAUCCUCCAGGAUCCAUGAAGACAUUAAAAAAGCACUAGAGAGCAAUAAUCAAGCCUUAGCUGAUGCAAAGAUCCAGGAGUACUUGGAUCAGCAGAACAAUAUUCCACUAAAUAUUGCUGUCACAGGAGAGACAGGCUCUGGUAAAUCCACCUUCGUUAAUGCCUUCAGAGGCAUAAAUAAUGGGGAUGAGAGAGCCGCUCCUACUGGUCCUGUAGAAACCACCUCAGAGGCUACACCAUACCCCCAUCCCAACUAUCCCAAUGUCACACUAUGGGAUCUUCCUGGUAUUGGCACCCCCAACUUUCCAGCUGACAACUACCUGAAGCUUGUUGGAUUUGAAAGGUUUGACUUCUUCAUCAUCAUCUCAGACACUCGCUUCAGAGAAAGUGAUGUGAAGCUCGCUCAGGAGAUUCAGAGGAUGAAGAAAAAGUUCUACUUUGUUCGCUCAAAGAUUGAUAGUGACUUAAGAAAUGAGGAAAUAAGUCAGAGGUCAAGGUUCAACGCAGAAAUGACUCUUCAACAAAUCAGGGACAACUGCAUUCAGGGUCUUCAAAGACAAGGUGUUGAGUCUCCUCAAGCCUUCCUGGUGUCCAGCUUUGAUCUCCACCUGUAUGACUUCCCUCUCUUAGGGGACACCUUUGAGAGGGAACUUCCUGCACACAAGAAGCAUGCUCUGCUGCUGGCCAUGCCCAACAUCAGCCUGGAGCUCAUCGGCAAGAAGAAAAAGGCUUACCAAUCCAAAAUAAAAUACUAUGCUAUGCUUAGUGCAGGUGUAGCAGCUGUACCAGUUCCUGGGCUUUCUGCUGCAGUUGAUGUGGGUGUGUUGCUUUCUGUUGUUACACAGUAUGUAAAUGGGUUUGGCCUUGACAUCCCGUCACUGCGGAGACUCACUGAUAGAAGAGGUGUGCCAUUUAGGGAUUUGAUUAACAUCAUAGUUUCACCACUGGCUGCAACAGAAAUAACCCGAGAUCUUCUGUUGAAGGUGCUUCUUAGAUGCGCAGGCACAGUUGCAUUAAUGGCAGCAGAGGAAGUGUCCAGAUUUAUUUCAAUAUUUGGAAUCCCUGCAGCAAUGAUCCUUUCUUUUACCUUCAUCUACAGAGCUCUCAAUUAUUUCCUCGACACACUUGCUGAGGAUGCAGAGAGGGUGUUUAAAAGGGUCAUGGGUUUGGACACCUCAGUGUGAUUUUGUAAAGUGAAUGGCAGUGGUGUUUAAUGGCACAUUAAAAACUGCAGAGAAGGAGCUUUUGAAUUAUUUUUGUGAGUAGAAUGCAUUUUAAUUUUUUAAGUGCUCAAAUCAUAUUGUUGUGUUCUAGCUGCACAUUUUAGCAAUCAGGCAUUACAUGUUUUACAGCUGAUCAAUCUAUCCAGUGGUCCCUACACAGAAUUUGUUUACUCUUAUAAGAGCAGGUAUCAAUGGAAAAUGUCUUAUUGCUUAUAGCACAUUAUAACAUGCCUCUUAAUCAUUUUAAUACAGGAAGGAAUAUUUUUAUACAAAACUGUAUAAUGCAAAUGCUUUGAAUUAUUUUUGUGAUGCAUUGCUAUUUCUUAGUAUUUUUUCCAAACAUAGCUUGGUAAUCUAUCUUACACUGUGUGUCAUGACUGUAGUUAUUGGUAUAGUUUCUGUAUUCUAAUGGGCCUCGAUACCACGUAAUGCUAUCUACUCAAAUAAAGGAAAGAAUAUUAAAAACACA